CUUUAAAGCUGUUCAGUUCUGCAAGAAAGGAAAGAGGAGGAAGAGACUGACUCAAAUCUCUGGAGGACCCCCUGCAGUCGGCUGUGGGGCAUAACACCACUUGAACAAAGAAAGGAGGGGGAAAUUGCACCACAUCAGUGAAGAUCCACCUCCAGUGGCAGCUCUGGUGGUGCUGGAGUUGCUGCUGACUACCACCCUCAACAGGUCUGCACCCACCCAGGAACCAUUCAUCCUCCCCCAGCUUGGUUGUUCCUCUUCUCCACUAUAUCUAUAUAAUUGACUGAGACUGUGGUUGGUUAGGAGCCUGAUUGACUACUGGAUUGGCAAUUGACUCUCUAACUCUUAUUUCCAACUUUAUCUCCUGGAUCAUCAAAAGAUCAGUGUGUGAAGAUAAAAAUCUGUGACAGAUCUGUUGUCAAAUCUGGGACAGUGUUAAAGGUCCUUAAUCGAGCCUUCUCUGUAACUGUUACCAUGACUGGGGCAGAGAUUGAGCCUGGUGCCCAGGCCAAGUCUGAAAAGAAGGCUGGGGAAGAAGUCGUUAGUGGGACAGAGCGAGAGAAUGAAGUCCCUCUGGUGGUCAGACCCAAGGUUAGAGCCCAGGCCCAGGUAACAACUGGGGCAAGGCCUAAAACUGAAACUAAGUCUGAGCCUGGGGCAAGGCCUAAAACUGAGGCCCAGACAAUGGCUGGGGCAAGACCCAAGACUGAGGCACAGUCAAUGGCUGGGGCUAGGCCCAAAAUUGAGACUCAGGCAAUGACUGGGGCAAGGCCCAAAACUGAUGCCAGGGCAGUAGGUGGUGCACGUCCUAAAACUGAGGCCAAGACAGCCCCUGGGGCAAGGCCUAAAGAUGAUGCCCAGGCAUGGGCCCAGACUGAGUUUGGUACUGAGACAAUGUCACAGGCAGAGGGAGCAUGCCAGACUAAUGCUGUCACCUGGCCGUUGGUCAAUACUGAAUCUGGAUCAGUUACUAAAUCUAAGGGCCUGCCUAUAGAUAGAGAACUGGUCAGUGUGGAUACUGAAACCUUUUCUGGCAACCAGGGCCAGGCAGGAAUCCAGCCCUGGUUUGGACCAGGGGAAGAGACUAAUAUGGGGUCUUGGUGCUACCCCAGGCCCAGAGCUAGAGAAGAAGCCUCUAAUGAGUCUGGAUUUUGGUCAGCAGAUGAGACCUCUACUGUGUCUUCUUUUUGGGCUGGAGAAGAGGCCAGUAUCAGAUCAUGGCCCAGGGAAGAGGCCAAUACCAGGUCCAGGCACAGAGCUAAACAUCAGACUAACCCCAGGUCCAGGCCCAGAUCUAAGCAAGAACCCUAUAUUGAUUCCUGGUCUGGAUCUGAGGAUGAGGCUGGCAACCCAUUCUGCUUUUGGGCUGGAGAAAAUACCAAUAGCUUGUUCCGGCCUAGAGUUAGGGAAGAGGCAAAUGUCAGGUCCAAGCUCAGGACAAAGAGAGAGGAUUGUUUUGAAUCCGAGUCUGAAGAUGAAUUCUAUAAAGAGUCUUGGUUUUUGCCUGGAGAAGAGGCCAAUAAUAGAUUCAGGCGCAGAGACAAGGAAGAACCUAAUAACAUCUUGAAAUCCAGGGCCCAGAAAGAUGCUAAAAACAACGAUAGGGCCAAACAAGAGCCCAGGUUUGAGGAAGACGUCAUUAUUGGGUCCUGGUUCUGGGCAGAAAAAGAGGCCAGUUUUGAGGCUGGAGCUUCAGCAAUCUGUGAAUCUGAGCCAGGGGCUGAGGAGGGGGCCAUUGGUGGAUCAUUGUUCUGGGCUGAGGAAAAGUCCAGUUUGGGGGCUGUGGCCAGAGAAGAAACCAGGCCUGAGUCUGAAGAAGAGGCCAUAUUUGGGUCAUGGUUCUGGGAUAGAGAUGAGGCCUGCUUUGACUUAAAUCCCAGUCCUGUGUACAAGGCCAAUUCCAGGUUCAGAGAUUCUGCUGAGGAGGAACUUAAUGCAUCAUCCAGGCCUCAAACUUGGGAAGAGGUCACUGUUGAAUUCAAACCUGGUCCUUGUCAUGGGAUUGGCUUCCCAUCCACAAGCCCCUUUAGAAUUCCUGAAGGGUCUUCUGAAAUGAUUGAGGCAAAGCCCAAGAAUGUGGAACUUAGCCCAGAAGGGGAAGAGCAGGAAUCUUUGCUUCAGUCUGAUCAGGCUGAACCUGAGUUCCCAUUUCAGUAUGAUCCCUCCUACCGAUCUGUGCGGGAAAUUCGAGAGCAUCUUAGGGCCAGGGACAGUGCAGAGCCUGAGAAUUGGUCCUGUAGCUGCAUACAGUGUGAGCUUAAAAUUGGUUCUGGAGAGUUUGAAGAACUCCUUUUAUUAAUGGAUAAAAUUCGAGAUCCUUUCAUUCAUGAAAUCUCUAAAAUUGCAAUGGGUAUGAGAAGUGCUUCUCAAUUUACCCGUGAUUUCAUUCGGGAUUCAGGUGUUGUCUCACUUAUUGAAACCUUGCUGAAUUAUCCUUCCUCUCGCGUUAGGACAAGUUUCCUGGAAAACAUGAUUCACAUGGCUCCACCUUAUCCAAAUCUAAACAUGAUCGAGACAUUCAUAUGUCAAGUGUGUGAGGAAACACUUGCUCAUGGUGUGGAUUCCCUUGAACAGAUGACUGGGAUAAGGAUGCUUAGACAUCUCACUAUGACUACUGACUAUCACACGCUGAUUGCCAAUUAUAUGUCCGGGUUUCUCUCCUUAUUAACCACGGGCAAUGCAAGAACAAAGUUUCAUGUUCUGAAAAUGCUACUAAAUUUGUCUGAAAAUCCUAUGGUGGCAAAAAAGCUAUUCAGUGCCAAAGCUCUGUCAAUAUUUGUAGGUCUCUUUAAUAUAGAAGAGACAAAUGAUAACAUUCAGAUUGUUAUUAAAAUGUUUCAGAAUAUCAGUAAUAUUAUAAAAAGUGGAGCAAUGUCCUUGAUUGAUGAUGAUUUCAGUCUUGAACCGCUUAUAUCCGCAUUCCAUGAAUUUGAGGAGUUAGCUAAGGAGCUACAAGUCCAAAUAGACAAUCAAAAUGAUCCUGAGGUGGGACAACAAAGUUAAUAUGGUUAACCACCUGCCGCUGAUCAGCCUUAUGUUCCCAAAGAGCCCUGAAUAGUGCUUUGGUGUUCACAGUCUGGCUUUAUGUUGUAACUUAUAUUUUUAAUGCUGAUGUUAACUUGUCAAACUCUUGUUUUGAGCUGGAUUAAUUUUUGGAUGCCAAAUGAAUAUUAGAACUGAAAACACAUUUGUUGAUAUUUGUCUUGCUGUCCAGAUUGUGAUAUAUUUUCGUGUUGAGCUUCUGAUGAACUGAGUCAUCCAAGUAUAAGCUACCCUGCUAUUCGUUGUUUAAACAUGUGGUUCUCUACUUGAGUCUGUGUUUUCAAUAAAGUUCUAUGUUAAAAUUGGCAUAAAUGACCCUUUUUCACUUUGAAAACCAAGUUCAGCUACAUUGUGCACACUAAUAUGCAUAGGUAAUUAAUAGUGUAAUAAAUAUGCUCAUUAGAAAAUCCCAUUCUUGGAUCUUAAGAAACGAGAGUUUGUCAUAGGCUGUGUUACUGGAAGAAUGCUUCAGAGAAGAGAAACCCAGUAAAAUUAGUCACUGAAGGAUAGGAUGAGACAAAUCAUUCUUAGAAAGUGGGCCCAUGAUGUUGUGAAGGAAAGUGUGAUUGGAAAGCAUAUUCAAAUAGCAUGAAUGUACCCAAUAUGCCUGAAUUAAGUAAAGGAGUUCAGUGAUUGAUACAGUUGAAAAGAUGGGAGAAAGUCAUUUUGGGGGACCUGAGUAAAACAAAUCUGCAUUUUAUAAUUCAAAGGACAGGUAUUAGUUCAAUGUCACAUAAAGAGUGAAAGAAAGAAUAAAAGUAAAUGGACUCAGGGAUAGGAUUAUCAUUUAUGAUCCUAGUCUAAGGAAAGUGUUGAGGAAAUACCAUGCAGCCAUUAAAAUAAUUAUAUAUGGAUUGAUUUAUUGAUAUUAAAUGACAUUGGUAAUUUUAUAUUCAGUU